UCAUUAUUGUUUACUGGUUGUAUUGUGGUUUUACAGCUCUAGUUAACGUGAUGAAAACGUCAGCUACGAUUGGUUUAGUGUUAUAAUAUUUUAUUGCAAGGAUUUGUACGCACCAAAUGGAUUAGAAGCUAAGUAAAUAUUUAAAAUACGAUAAAAAUGCCACUUCCAAAGCGUUCAAUCGUACCAGUCCAUGUCUCACGAUCCGCUUACCAUCAAGAUGAGCCUCAAAUCAUUGAACUGGAAACUGUGACAAAUACAUCACUUACAAAUAUUAUUCGGCAGUUGUCGUCAUUAUCAAAGCAUGCAGAAGAUAUUUUUGGUGAGCUUGCUCGAGAUGUGGGAAAUAUUAGCAGCCGAGCCAACUCUCUGCAGGCGCGAAUAGACCAUUUGUCAAUAAAAGUAACUCAAUUAGAUAGCACUAUAGAGGAUGUGCCGUUGACUGAUAUAACAAGAAAAAAAGGGUUCCGCUCAACCAAAACGUUUGAUCAAAAAAUUUUUUCUCAUUCCACAAUGCCGGCUCCCAUGUUAGAGACAUAUACGAUGUGUGACAAACCUCCACCAUUAAAUAAAUUGAAUAAUUAUCGCGACGAUGGUAAAGAUGGCCUUAAGUUCUAUACGGAUCCCAAUUACUUUUUUGAGUUAUGGCGACAAGAGAUGCUAAAGGAUACAGAGAGAGUUAUGCAUGACAAAGGAAAAAAGUUAAAUCGGCCUCGUCAAGAUGGGGCAAACAGCAACAUUAAUAUAGCAGGAGGCAAAAAACGUGUAAGGAAACCACAUAAUACCAGAGAAAAACAGCGUUUACUUGCAAUUGGGCAAGGAGAAACUUUGAUGCCCAAUAAUAUAACUUACCAAACCCCAAAUUCAAUUAUCAAUAUAGAAACCGGAUUUGGCAAUGUUGGAGUUCUUGAAUCACGUCACCAUCGUCCAAAUUCCAUUAAUUUACGUAAGGUCUGUAAUUCCGAGCAAGCCGCUGGAAAUUGUGGCGACCCUCUAACACAAUCUUGUACAACAAUUACUUCCGCCGUUGCCAACGCUAUUGGUAUUCAUUCGCCUUCUAUUGGGAAAACUGAAAAUGGAAUUUUGGCAAUACAUUCCAUGCAAUGCAUUGAGCAAGCGCAAUUGCAAGAUUUAUAUGAUGACGAAACAUUUAACGAAAAUCAGCGAUCUUAUGAACAAUUUGGUUCUGAAGGCAUUUGUGCACAGGGCAUGCUUUCGCGUACGAAAAUUCGCCCCUCCCAACCACCCCCGGAUCCACCAUCUAAUGGAAGCAGACACGUUACUCCUGUGUCUUCUAAUGCGAAUACUCCAACGCGUACGCGAAAUGGGGUAAACAAUCGCGAUAUAUUACCUCCACCGCCACCUAUACCCGAAGCGUUAAUGAAUACAUCCUCACCACCACGAUCAAUUUCUGUAAUAAAUGGAAACACUUCACUGGGCAAAAAUAUUCCUAAUAUAAAUUUGAUUAACAUACCCGAGCAACCUAAUUGGCAUGAUCUACCGCCUUCAGCACAACCAGAACAUCAGGUUAGUAUGCUUACCAACGAAUAAAUUAUCACAUGUGAA